GCGAGUUAGCAAACUUUUUUAUAUAUAGAAAUAUAAUCCGGGAAUCUAAUUUUGUGACGAAUUUUGACGUGAUUUUAAUAAUAACGUAAUAUUUCACCCCUUUCUCUUUUCAUUCUUUUCCUUUUCCCCUUUUUAAUCUUGGUUGUGAUUUUUGGGGGGAGGAGGGGCUCCACGGCCCUCAAUCACCACCAUCUGUACGCCAGUGUUGACAAGUCAACUUUGUUAUAGAACAAGUUUUAAGUCGCCAUCAAAACAUUUUUUAUCUAAGUCUAUCGGAAAGAUGGCGUAUUUCGCCAUACAUGUCGACAUCAUAAAGCUAUUUAGACUAGGCCCCAAUUGACAUGGCAAAAACAAAUAUCUUACCAUUUCGACAAAAUAGGACCUUUAGGUUAACAGGGAAAGAUGAAUAUAUCUUAUUCUCUUCAAGACAGGAUGCUAUUCUAAAGCUUCCGUAGAUAUGGGUGCUCAUGGAUAAAAUUCGAUUAAAAAAAACCGGGGAACUAGAUAUCGGAGUGAUUUCAUUUCACAACUUUGAAUGAGGGGGCGCUUUGAUGCUCGAUUUCAUGUUUAUAGUGGAACGGAUUUUGAAGAAAACCAGAGAAUUGGAAAAUGUAUAAAAUAACGAGUUGUUCUUGGGGAAGGCAUCAAUAUCGAUUCCAUCUCACCAAGAUAGUCGAGAAGAGCAGUAAGUUCACAACCACUGUUUAUACAGAAACAACAUUUCGAGGCUUCAAAGUCAAUUCUACUCCAAUAGAUAGAGAAACGACAGAACAUCUCAAAAUGGCGUCCAAAAUCACCAUCAUUGCUCUGCUCGUGGUCGUUGCUGUCGUCGCCACAUCAGCUUUCGAUUUCAAUGACUUCGAGAAGAGGCAAGCUGAAAUGGAAUUGGAUGAUGCCGUGGAUCUCGUCAGUCAACACAUGACUGAUAAACGAGGAAGGAGGUUUUCAGUAUGCACCCAUCCACAUGGGUUCACAUGCUGGUGUGACAAGAAAUUUGAAGGUUCGGACAAAUACUACCGCGUCUGUGAUUUCGCCGCGGGAGGACCAAUCAAUGGACGAUAGAGUCGAGACAAGCGAUUUGAAAAAGGGGAAUGUCUUGAAGUUUAAAGCUAAACUGAAUUUAUCCGCCCAUUACCGAUAUUAAUUCAUGCAUGACUCCAUAAAUAAUUCUUUGUAGCUCGUGAUUGUUUUGACGGUUAAUUUAUAGUAAAACCUGGCUAAUAAUCAUUUAUAAUUUUGAAUAGUUUUGCAAAAAGUUUUUUUUUUCUGUGUUGCAGUAAUUGUAGGUUAUUAUCCGAGUCGUAGUAAUAUUUUUAAUCAGCAUGGUUUUUAUGUUUGUUAUGUCAAAGAUUGUCAUGGUUUUAUCGUAUUGCCUUUUGGAGUUGCCUUUUUUCAAAGUUUAAGAUAACUUGAUUAAUUCAAUUAUGUGCCUGAUAAUUUAUCCACUUACUUUAUUUGUUUGCAUUACCCGAGUAUAAAUUCCAUUAAGAAUUAUUGUGAAAUACUUUUCUCAAAUGAUGGUGAUGAUGAUUACUGUGAUAUCGUAAAUUAUCUUGAAAUGUGGA